ACAACGGCAGUCACCCCUCUUUACGGUUCUUCUGGAACGGGACACCACGGCAAUUCACCUGCCUCCCCUUCGGGCUCAGUCCGGCACCAUGGUGCUUUAAUUGAGGUUUUUGAAACCAGUGAUGGCUCACUUAUGGGGUCAAGGCAUACGAUGCCUGACUUACCUAGACGACAUUCUAUUCUCCAAACAGAAUCGCAACCACCUUCUUUCAACUACAGAUUGCAGUGUGACUGUGUCGGAAUCCCUCUGCUUCCUGGUCAAUUGAGAAAAGUAAACACUGACUUCCAACUACCACAGUCGUGGCAAUAUGCAGGGAAAUACGGAAAAUACUACGUCAGGAUUCGAUCCCACUCAGACUGCUGGCAAGGAUCGUAG